AUGAGUAAUCAAAAUAGAUUUGAAAAUAAAGUAGUUAAUUUAGAAGGAUACUCGCUGCUGAAGCAGAGGAGAUAAGAAGAUAAAUAAGUGGAUAAAAUAUCUUAUAUUAUAAAUUAAAAGAGUUUGAAAGUAUGUUCGUAUAUCAAAGAUGAAUUUCAAAUACAAUCUCUCUAUCAAAAUAUUCAAGUAGAAUUUAAAGAAUAAACUACCAUCUUUGAAAUCAUAUACGAAUGUAUGUAAGCGCAUUUAGAGAACAAAAUUUAAAUUUCUUAGCUUGAAAUCGUGAUUGGAGAUUUUUGUUAAGUAGAAAUAGACGAACUAAAGAUUAUUUCUAAUCUUAUUGGUAGAUGUGCUAAUUUAAAUGUUCUAAAAAUUGAAGCAAAAGUAAACUCUUUUAAGUGUCAUCAUAUUUAAGCACUACUGAAUGAAAUUAAAUGGCUUUAAUAACUGAAUUCUAUUUACUUCAAUUUUAGUUGCAAUUAAAUUUCUGAUCAAAGUGCUUUCUUUCUAGGUAGCUAGCUUAAAAACUUGCAUUUGCUUACAAAUUUAACUUUAAAUUUGUCAAACAAUUAAAUAAGCAACUUAGGAAUAGCAUAACUAGCAAACUCUUUUAAGUCAUGCGAACACUUAACUAGUCUUUCUAUUUCACUUUAUAAAAAUUUGUUUGAUGAUUAAGGUAUUUCUUAGAUAUUUUUAGGACUAAGUGCUUGUAAAAGAAUAUCUUGUUUGUGCAUUAAAUUAUUUGGUUCAAGAAUAGGAUUAAAGUCUGUUUAAUCCUUCAGCACUUUUUUGUAAAACAAUUCCAAUUUAAGAUCUUUGUCCUUAGAUUUGAGUUUUACAGAUAUAGAAAAUGAUUUGUUUUUGUUAAUUUCGUAAUCAAUUAAGGAAUUCUCAAGACUCUAAAGCAUUGAAAUGAAUAUUUCAGGAAUAUAAAUUUAAGGAUAAACAGUAAAUAAAUUCUCUGAAAAUUUGGCUUAACUCAUGACUCUCCAAAGCUUAAGAAUUUACUUUUAUUAAAACGAAGCGAAAAUAGAUACAAGAUGUUACUAAUAUUUCACUCAAAAGAUAAAAUAAUUGCAGCAAAUAACAAAAUUAGAGCUUGAUUUUAGUGAAAAUGUAAUUGAUCUUGACUGUAUCUAGAACGUGUUUUUAAGUCUGAACGAAUUACCACAAAUAUCCAUAUUUUCCUUAAACUUAAAGAAUAACCAGAUUGGAUUAUAAUUUUUGCAGUAACUAAAUCAAUCUCUCAAAACAAAUUAUCUAUUAACUAAUUUGAAUUUACAAUUGAUAAAAUAGAAUUUAUCUGACGAUUGUUAUAGAGAGAUGAUAAAUUUAGUUAAGAAAUUCAAGGUUCUCAAAAAGUUGACUCUUACCUUAAACCAAAAUAUGCUACAAUAAAAUCAAGGUCUUGAUAACUUCAAGAAAUCCAUAAAAAAAUAAAAAUAUCUUAUAUCUUAUCAAAUAAGAGUUUGA